UGUGAACGUACUCACGGAUGCCAUGGCCAUAAAAAGCACCUCGGGAGCUGUCGCAACGACAUAAGAGGCGCCCUCGGUCCUCCCCCUUUACCAGUGCUACCCCCCCCAAUCUGCUGCUAUGGUAGGUCCUGUAACGACCAUUGACAAUACCCUCGGUCUUCUGUUCAAUGUCGCCAUAAUCACCGCUGCCCUCUGGGGUGCUGGAUCACUACAAGGAUGGUUUUACUUCCGCAAAUACAACAGCAGAGACCCAAUAGGUACUCGUCUACUUAUUGCAUUCCUAAUGGUAGCCGAUACUGUGCAGGAGGCCAUGAUUUGUGAGGCGGUCUACAAGUACGCUGUCACGAUGCACGGGGACCCAGAUGCAAUGAAACACAUGGUUCGAACUAUCCUGCUCCAGUUAUGGUUUGCUGGACCUAUUGGAUUCGCGGUGCAACAGUUCUAUGUUUAUCGCAUUUUCCGUCUGAGCAAUAAUUACUAUAUCGCAGGGAUAGUGUCUCUUCUUUCGUUUGUCUCCCUCGCUUUAUUGUGGGGCUAUACCAUCGUGACUAUGGGGUAUUCCUCGUUGGGAGAACUCAUUGUCCAACAACACUGGGCGACUGCUCUCAAUGUCAUGAGUGCUGGGACAGACCUAGCCAUUACUGUCGCGAUGAUAUGGUGUCUCCAGGGUAAGAAGACUGGAUUCCGAAAAAGUACAGACAUUAUCAAUCGAAUGAUUAUCUUCACCUUCAACACUGGGAUAUUGACCACAGCCCUUUCAGUCGCCGAUUUCAUCACUCUCAAUGCCAUGCCUGAGACCUUCGUCUACAUGGGAUUCUUCCUGAUCCGAGACCGAUUUUACACGAACUCAAUUCUCGUAACCCUGAAUUCAAGAGACUACAUUAGAGGUAUCGCGGUUGAAACGGACCACGAAACCAUCUCUUUGUCAAAAUUCUCACAAACGACUUCCAACGGCAGAUCGCGCGCUCCACAAGAGACCCACACCACUGACAUCGCCAUUAGGAUUGAGAAAUCUACUCUCCAUGAUACGGGCGCUGAAUACGAUUCAAGUCCGAUUGGGAAGGAAACAAAUUUUCCGCCUGAUGAAAUUCCGCGGCAUGCCGUAUGAUAAGUCGAAAAGAAAUUCGAGAUACCAAUCUAAAGUUUUGGGGCGUUACUUUUCACUGGUUCAAUUUUUACGGUUUCCGGAAUCUACCAAGUGUACCGUACAUUAUAUUUUCUCAAUCAUCAAUCCACUUGUUGGUCCCUGU